AUGCCGGCCACACCAGACAUCAUCGACCAUUCCCCCCACCACCCUGACCCCUCGCCCCUUGUCCCAACGGCCACCAAUCUUGUGCUGAUCGACAACUACGACUCCUUCACCUGGAACGUCUACCAGUACCUCGUAUUGGAGGGCGCCAAUGUGACUGUGUUCCGCAACGACAAGAUCUCGCUCGAUGAGCUGAUCGCCAAGAAGCCGACCCAGCUGGUCAUCAGCCCCGGGCCAGGGCACCCGGGCACCGACUCGGGGGUCAGCCGCGAUGCCAUCAAGCACUUUGCCGGCAAGAUCCCCAUCUUUGGGGUGUGCAUGGGGCAACAAUGCAUCUUCGACGUCUACGGCGGGGAGGUGAGCUUCGCCGGCGAGAUUUUACACGGCAAGACCUCGCCCCUGAGCCACGAUGCCAAGGGCGUCUACGCCGGCCUGAACCAGGGCCUGCCCGUCACCCGCUACCACUCGCUGGCCGGCACCCACGUCACCCUCCCCGGCUGUCUCGAGGUCACCUCGUGGAUUGCCAACGAGGACGGCUCCAAGGGCGUCAUUAUGGGCGUGCGCCACAAGGAGUACACCAUCGAGGGCGUGCAGUUCCACCCCGAGAGCAUCCUGUCUGCCGAUGGCCGUGGCAUGCUGCGGAACUUCUUGCGUCUGCAAGGAGGGACCUGGGCUGAGAACGAACGGCUGCAACAACAAACAGCUGCUGCAGCCGAUCACGACGACAAGGCGAAAGGGGCCGCUACCCCGACUUCGAGCCUGCCUGAGCACACCAAGACCGGCGGCAGCAACAACAUUCUCCAAAAAAUCUACGCCCACCGAAGAGCCGCCGUGGCCGCCCAGAAAGAAAUCCCCUCGCAGCGCCCGUCCGACCUGCAAGCGGCCUACGAUCUGAACCUCGCGCCGCCGCAGAUCUCGCUCAUCGACCGCCUGCGCAACUCCCCCUUCGACGUGGCCCUGGCCGCCGAGAUCAAGCGGGGGUCACCCUCCAAGGGCAUCUUCGCCCUCGACAUUGACGCGCCCACCCAGGCCCGCAAGUACGCCCUGGCCGGCGCCAGCGUCAUCUCGGUGCUGACCGAGCCCGAGUGGUUCAAGGGUAGCAUCGAGGACCUGCGGGCCGUGCGCCAGGUACUCGCCGGCAUGCCCAAUCGUCCGGCCGUGCUGCGCAAGGAGUUUAUCUUUGAGGAGUACCAGAUCCUCGAGGCGCGACUCGCCGGCGCCGACACCGUGCUCCUGAUCGUCAAGAUGCUCGCCCCCGACGUGCUCACGCGGCUGUACCAGUACUCGCUGUCCCUAGACAUGGAGCCGCUGGUGGAAGUGCAGAACGCGGACGAGAUGGCCGUCGCCAUCCAGCUCGGCGCCAAGGUCAUCGGCGUCAACAACCGCAAUCUGGAGAACUUUGAGGUCGACCUCGGCACCACCGGCCGGUUGCGCAGCAUGGUGCCCAAGGACACGUUCCUGCUCGCCCUCAGCGGCAUCAACUCCCACCAGGACGUGCUCGACUGCAAGCGCGACGGCGUCAACGGAGUUCUAGUGGGUGAAGCCAUCAUGCGUGCCCCCGACGCAUCCAAGUUCAUCCGGGAACUCUGCGCCGGCCCAGACGCACCCGCACCCACCUCGAACCAAAACAACCCCCUCCUCGUCAAGAUCUGCGGCACCCGCAGCGCCGAAGCCGCCACCGCAGCCAUCCAAGCCGGCGCCGACCUCGUCGGCAUGAUCCUCGUCCCCGGAACAAAACGGUGCGUAUCCCACGAAACCGCCCUCGCCAUCUCCGAAGCCGUGCACGCCGCCCGUCAGACCACCACACCCACCCCCGACACCACCACGGAUUUCCAAAUCCCCCAAACAGCAACCGACUUCUUCACCCUCACCACCACCACCCUCCGCCACCGCACCCCCCUCCUAGUAGGCGUCUUCAUGAACCAACCCCUCUCCGACGUCCUAGAAAAACAACGCCUCUACAACCUCGACCUCAUCCAACUCCACGGCUCCGAACCCCUCGAAUGGGCCUCCCUCAUCCCCGUCCCGGUAAUCCGCAAAUUCAAACCGGGCCAAACCGGUCUCGGCGUGCGUGGAUUACACGCCCUGCCGCUGUUGGAUUCGGGCGCUGGGUCGGGGAAGACGCUUGAUGCGGAGGCUGUGAAGAAGACGUUGGAGGGGGAUGGGGAGUUGAGGGUUUUGUUGGCUGGGGGGUUGGAGCCGGGGAAUGUGGCGGAGGCGGUUAAGGGGUUGGGGGAACUGGGGGGGAGGGUGGUCGGGGUUGAUGUUAGUAGUGGGGUGGAGGUGGAGGGGAGGCAGAGUUUGGAGAGGAUCGGGGAGUUUGUGAAGGCUGCUAAGGCUAUUAGGUAG